UAACCUAACCUAAAAACUAGAAUUCUUCUCUCCAAUACAUCGGAGACGCUACAGCGAAAAUGUCACCGAGGGGCCCAGGAAUUUCUCGAGCCGAUCCUGCUCGAUCACGCGCGAUAGCGGCUUCUCUUCAGAUACAGUAGUCUUACGAAAUACCCGCUCAUCAGUAUCGCGCCUUGCACGCGGCGAGAACUGAUUCAUUGUACGCUUGUCUUGUCUCGAACGUACAUGUGAUUGCGUCAGUUUUUUUACUUGAAAAUUUUAAAUAAUAUACCACGAUGACGACGGAAAGUGUCGCCGGAACGAUCGGCGCGAAGUUGCCUCACGUGUCAAAGGAGAACAGCUGUGCCAUGGAAAAUAUAAAAGCCGGCGUGAUCGAUUUCGUGGCCGGCUCGCUUGGCGGUGUAGCACUUGUCUACGUAGGCCAACCACUGGACACUGUAAAAGUGAAGAUGCAGACGUUUCCGUCCAUAUAUAAAAGCAUGGCAAAUUGCUUUCUACGUACCCUGAGGACAGACGGUAUCGCGAGGGGUUUGUACGCCGGGACGAUCCCCGCGGUGGCUGCCAACGUCGCCGAGAACUCAGUCUUAUUCGCGGCAUACGGCGGUUGUCAGAAAGCAAUAGCUAAUUUAUUAGGUGUACAGAACGUAAAAGAGCUGAACUCCUUCAGCAACGCCUGCGCCGGCUUCUUUGCCGCGUUUUUCUCCUCGCUGACGUUAUGCCCGACCGAGUUGAUAAAGUGCAAGUUGCAGGCGAUGAGGGAAGUCGAACAGAUACAAACAACCGCGAACAAAUCCAUGAAAUCUCGCGUAGGACCGUGGAAUCUGACGAGACAGAUUCUUAGGGAGCAAGGUGUAAGAGGCCUGUUUACAGGUCUGUCGUCGACGAUAGCCCGAGAGAUGCCAGGCUAUUUCUUCUUUUUCGGCGGUUACGAGGCCACGAGGGAGUUGCUGACGACGAAGGGUCAGAAGCGGGAAGACAUCGGUUGGCAGAAAACGAUGGUGGCCGGAGCAGUUGGAGGCGCGCUGCUCUGGCUAGCGAUAUUUCCCGCUGAUGUGGUUAAGAGCAGAAUACAGGUGCAAAACUUAAAAACACCUGCCUUGAUAAUCUUCAAGGAUAUCCUGCGACAAGAAGGCAUCGGCGCGUUAUAUAAUGGAUUGACGCCGACCUUGAUAAGAACGGUACCAGCGACGGCGACGCUGUUCAUCACCGUCGAAUACACGAAGAAAUUUAUGCACAAUUACUUUUGAAACAGACCAGUAUUUUCACUUUCUCAUGCCUCUUGAGAAUCUGACAUAUUAGAAAAAAAAAAAAAAAAAAAAAAUUAAAACAAAAUGCCACACAAACUCCACAUCGCCUAUAUAUCUGUAAAUAUUAAAAAAUGAUGUAAUGUGUACAUUAUAGUAAUAUGUAUAACAUAUGUGUAAUUAGAGUAUUGCAUAUAUGAUGUAUAAUAAGAAAUUGUUAUUAACAUUUUGUUAAUAAAAGCUAUAUUUCCAA